AUGCGAUACAACGAGACACACAUGGACCAAAAGUUACCAAAACUGCAGCAAAGUUCAAUUGGCGAUGAUGGGUCAGCAGCUACUUCAUCAUAUCAUGAUCUGGGACAUAACCUUAGUAAUGAAGGUGGUAAAGGUGCUUCCCAACAAGAACCUCAACGAUCUAUGCCAAUUGAACAAGAGCAACCCAUGGUGCUGCCAUACCUACAACAGUGUGUCUCAUUUCACAGCUCUGACUAUAAGGAGCACAGGCAAAAGAUUUACAUUAGGUUUGGGUUGAUCAUACUUGCAAUGGCUACCUUGUUGCUAACUGCUCUUUCAAUAUAUUGGGGUUCAUUUUAUGAAAUUUCCGAGAAAACGAAAGAUUUGAAGAUGUUGGUGGUGAUUGGUGAUGAAAGUACUAUUGAGGGAGUAUCACCAGUAUUUGGAACUGCCAUGGAGGCGUUGUUAAAACAACCACCAGCAAAUUCAAGUGGCGAUUGGCAUAUCUAUAAAGAAGGUGAGUUCAAACAUUUGGCACAAGAUCAUGACAACACAAUUAGAGAAGAAAUUUUGAGACAAAUUCACCAUCAGUUGUAUUGGGCAGCUAUAUAUGUCAAACCCAAUGCUAGUUACAAUUAUCAUCAAGCAUUAGCCAAUGGGGAUACAAGAUAUAACGUGUCUGAUGAUACCGUUGCUGCUUAUUACGAAACAGCCCGUGAUUUCAUUAUAAUACCUCAGUAUGUGACUCCCCUAUUGAAAAAGAUUGAGACCCUAUGGUUGCAUCAACAAUCCAAUAUGAUUUCGCAACUUGCACAAAAUGUCACUAUCAAUUCAACACCACAAACGAGCUUGCUUGCUCAAUCACUUCAAUUCACCAUGGUUGACAAACUCCCAAUUUCAGAUCAUGUCUUGGGUGCACCGAUGCAAUUGGGAUUCAUCUACUUGAUAAUUGUUUCAUUUUUUCAAGUUAGUUUCUUUGCGGAACCACAUCAAAAAGUGGCAAAGACGCCCAUCAAAAGACCCCAUUAUUUGCUUUAUCGUUACAUUUCAUCCAUAUUGGCUUUCUUCUUUCUUUCAUUGAUUUUCGGAUUAGCAUCAUUGGCGUAUCAGAUUGAUUUCACUGUCACUUAUGGCAAAUCGGGAUUUUUGGUGUAUUGGAGUAUAACUUUCCUCACAAUGUGUGCAGUUGGAUUAGCUAAUGAAGUUAUGGCCAUGUUGAUUAUUCCAAUUUAUCCCCCAUUGCUUGGGUUUUGGUUGAUUUUUUGGGUUAUUGUAAAUAUUGCACCAACGUAUAAUGCCGUUGCAUUGACCAAUAACUUUUACAGGUAUGGAUAUGCUAUUCCAAUACAUAAUGGUUAUGAAGCUACUAAAACGGUGUUUUUCGAUGUUUACAAGGGACAAUUGGGUCGUAAUAUUGGUAUCUUGGUGGCUUGGGUAGUAAUGUUGAGUUGUGUUUUCCCAUUUGCCGUUAUGCAUUUUUCAAAAGCCAUGGGUAAAAAGGCUGCUGCUGCUGCCAAAGCCCAAUUAGAGGCAGCUAAACGUGCAGAAGAAGAAAAGAAUGCUAGGGGUGAUGUUUAA